GGGACUGUCCCACAGUAAAGAUGGCAGACACGUCGGGGACCGAGCUGUCAGACGAGAAAGACGCGGACAGUGAGCGCCAAAACAAGCUCGGCUCGCCGUGGGACGGAGCGAACAAGACCGGGAAAGUCGUCAUUUCUUCAGCCCUGCCGGAGACUUUGGGGUUUUACGACAUUAACGCCGUCAGACGCGAGAGAAGCGAGCACUCGGCAGAUCCGUCAUUGACGCGCUUCAUCUGCACAGAGCUGACCAGAGGCUACUUCCUGGAGCACAAUGAGGCCAAGUACACUGAGCGCAGGGAGAAGGUGUAUACAUGCAUGCGCAUACCCAAGGAACUAGAGAAGUUGAUGAUCUUUGGCUUCUUUCUAUGCGUGGACGCCUUCCUGUACGUGUUCACGCUGCUGCCCCUCAGGGUGCUGCUGGCCCUGCUGCGCCUCCUCACGCUGCCAUGCUGUGGCUUCAGGGCACGCACAUGCCCCUUCUGCAGAAGAAGCAGUGGCUCCAGGCUGCUGCAGCCAGCACAGGUGUGUGACAUGCUGAAAGGCCUGAUCCUGGUGCUGUGCUUCUCCAUGAUGCACUACGUGGACUAUGCCAUGAUGUACCACCUGAUCAGAGGACAGUCUGUCAUCAAGCUCUACCUCAUCUACAACAUGCUGGAGGUGGCAGAUCGCCUCUUCUCCUCCUUCGGCCAAGACAUCCUGGACGCUCUCUACUGGACCGCCACCGAGCCCAAAGAGCGCAAGAGAGACAGCAUCGGAGUCAUCCCUCACUUCCUCAUGGCCGUCUUCUAUGUUUUCCUCCAUGCCAUCCUCAUCAUGGUCCAAGCCUCCACCCUCAACGUUGCCUUCAACUCGCACAACAAGUCCCUGCUCACCAUCAUGAUGUCCAGCAACUUUGUGGAGAUCAAAAGCAGCGUGUUCAAGAAAUUUGAAAAGAACAACUUGUUCCAAAUGUCCAACAGUGACAUAAAGGAGCGAUUCACCAGCUACGUCCUCUUGCUCAUUGUUUGUCUCAGGAACAUGGAGCAGUUCUCUUGGAACCUGGAGCACCUGUGGGUGUUGAUCCCUGACGUCUUCAUGGUCCUCACCUCUGAGGUGGCCGUGGACGUCAUCAAGCACGCCUUCAUCACUAAGUUCAACGACAUCACAGCAGAUGUUUACAGUGAAUACAGAGCCAGUUUGGCAUUUGAUUUGGUCAGUAGUCGACAGAAGAACGCUUACACGGACUACAGUGACUCAGUGGCUCGCAGGAUGGGCUUCAUCCCGCUGCCUUUGGCCGUCCUGCUCAUCCGCGUUGUCAUGAGCUCAGUGAAGGUGCGAGGAGCUCUGUCAUGCACCUGUGUGCUCCUCUUUUAUCUCGGACUGGUCACACUGAAGGUGCUGAACAGCAUCGUGCUGCUGGGGAAGUCCUGUGUUUACGUCAAGAGGGCCAACAUGGAGGGCAAGUUGUUCCAGAAGAAGCAGACCACCUCAGCUAGGACCUCCAGCAGAGCAAGUCCAACAACCUCAGGUGAAUCCAAGGUGAAACCGUCUACCCCCUGCGCCCCCACUUCCUCCUCCUCUGUGACCGCGCAGCCAACACCAAGGUCGGACUUCCCCUCGCCACCUUCUGACCCCUCCCCCACAGCACCGCCUCCAGCUGCGGCACCUGCCCCCGAGCUGCCAGCGCCGCCCCUCCCCAAGGAGGAGGAGGAGGAGGGGGCGGGGGAGGAGGAGCCGGCCGAGCUCAAGCCCAGACCUCCUAAGAAGGACCUGCUGGAGAUCGACCGCUUCACCAUCUGUGGCAACCGCAUCGACUGAGCACUCAGGGAAGAGGAAUUAUUGACAGUAAGUACGUUGUCACGCCCUCCCCACCUUCCUCUGACAAGUUUCCUGGCAGGAACCUUUGAGCGAGAUGAUCACGGUGGAGUCGCACGACAAACUGGAGUGUGAGUGUGCAGGUGUGAUGUCGUGGAGAAAGUGAAAGUGAGAGCACACCAGCACUUCUGUCAGAGCAGCACAAAUACUCCCCAUUUCCAAGGUACGACAGUGCAGAACUCCACCUGAAACACCUUCAGUUGGCCUGCUGAAGGACACACCAGGUAGACCACCUUACCUGCAAACAUGUGAAGCACCGCUGGCUGUAGAUCUUUCCACCUUCUUUACAAAAUGGACAAAAGUCUUGGGACACGAGUCUUCGCCAAAUAAAGGCACACUCGACGACCGUACGCCUCUUUUCCGCUGCCAAGUGCACAAAACCAGGCCAAUGAGGUACGAUGGGUGUGGGAGAAAUACACAAAUAUUCCCACAAACCCAUGACUGCAUUUUCUCAGAGGAAGCUUGUAAGUGCAACACGCUCACAUCUUUUCCACUCCCUGGCAGGAGAAGGCGUCUCAAUGCUUUUGGCCCUAGUGUUUUCUCUAAUGGACCAAAUUGUCUUAAAUCAGCUUCUGAUGUUUACAUCCUUUGAUAGUAGCAGUAGUUUCGCAAUGAAAAGCCUUUUUUAUUAUAUAAUCUGUAUCAGGCCUGGGCAAUUAUUUUGACUCGGGGGGCCAAAUUUUGAGGGGAAAAAAAAGGUCUGGGGGCCGGUAUAUCUAUUUUUAGUAACACUAAUACAAAACCUCACAAUAAUGUCUGAUUGAUUGUUAAAAAUGUUAUGACAGACCGUCUGAAAAAACGGAAUGGGAUUUUAUUUUUCUUUACAGAAUGAGACACCCAGAAUGUACAUGAAAAUAAAGAAUGUUACAAUAUUAACUAUGAAGGAUAAAACAGUGAAUAUUGACAACAUAUGAACGUCACCCCCCCUCUCCAUCCACAUAUUUUACAAUCAAGUGAAACACAACAAAAAUGCAACAAACACAGUGAGAUAUGAACAUGAAGGGUAAAAAAAUCACACCUACAAUCUGAUAUAUCUGAUCACUAAGUUUUAGAACUUUGUUGUAAAAAUCUCCUUCCACGUCUGUCCCUGACACCCACAUUUCACUGUGGAAACUCUAUGGAAACACUCCCCACCCACACUGCUUGGUGCCUCUGAGCUGCUGUGACUAACAUUACCAUAGUAACUAAUUACAUUACCAUAGUAACUAAUUACAUUACCGUAGUAACUCAUUACAUGACCAUAGUAACUCAUUACAUGACCAUAGUAACUCAUUAGAUGACCAUAGUAACUCAUUAGAUGACCAUAGUAACUGAUUAGAUUACUAUAGUAACUCAUUAGAUGGCCAUAGUAACUAAUUACAUUGCCAUAGUAACUCAUUAGAUGACCAUAGUAACUAAUGACAUUACCAUAAUAACUAAUUGUUGGAAUUGGGGGUUAAAUCACCAAAAAUGAUUCCCGGGCGUGGCACCGCUGCUGCCCACUGCUCCCCUCACCUCCCAGGGGGUGAACAAGGGGAUGGGUCAAAUGCAGAGGACAAAUUUCACCACACCUAGUAUGUGUGUGACAAUCAUUGGUACUUUAACUUAAACUUUAAAUACAUUACCAUAAUAACUCAAUAGAUGACCAUAGUAACUCAUUAGAUGGCCAUAGUAACUAAUACAUUACCAAAGUAACUAAUUACAUGACCAUAGUAAGUAAUUACAUUACCAUAGUAACUCAUUAGAUGACCAUAGUAACUCAUUACAUGACCAUAUUAACUAAUUACAUGACCAUAGUAGCUAACUAGAUGACCAUAUUAACUAAUUACAUGACCAUAGUAACUAAUUACAUGACCAUAAUAACUAACUACAUUACCAUAAUAACUCAUUAGAUGACCAUAGUAACUCAUUAGAUGACCAUAAUAACUCUUUAGAUGGCCAUAGUAACUAAUAACAUUACCAUAGUAACUAAUUACAUGACCAUAGUAACUCAUUAGAUGACCAUAGUAACUCAUUAGAUGACCAUAUUAACUCAUUAGAUGACCAUAUAAACUAAUUAGAUGACCAUUGUAACUAAUUAGAUGACCAUUGUAACUAAUUACAUGACCAUAGUAACUAAUUAGAAGACCAUAGUAACUAAUUACAUGACCAUAGUAACUCAUUACAUGACCAUAGUAAGUCAUUACAUGACCAUAGUAAGUCAUUACAUUACCAUAGUAAGUCAUUACAUUACCAUAGUAACUCAUUACAUGACCAUAGUAACUCAUUACAUGACCAUAGUAACUCAUUACAUGACCAUAGUAAGUCAUUACAUGACCAUAGUAAGUCAUUACAUGUCCAUAAAAACUCAUUACAUGACCAUAGUAACUCAUUACAUGGCCAUAGUAACUCAUUACAUGCCCAUAGUAAGUCAUUACAUGACCAUAGUAAGUCAUUACAUUACCAUAGUAACUCAUUAGAUGACCAUAGUAACUCAUUAGAUGACCAUAGUAACUCAUUAGAUGACCAUAGUAACUCAUUAGAUGGCCAUUGUAACUAAUUAGAUGACCAUAUUAACUAAUUACAUGACCAUUGUAACUCAUUACAUUACCAUAGUAACUCAUUACAUGACCAUAGUAAGUCAUUACAUGUCCAUAAAAACUCAUUACAUGACCAUAGUAACUCAUUACAUGGCUAUAGUAACUCAUUACAUGACCAUAGUAAGUCAUUACAUGACCAUAGUAAGUCAUUACAUUACCAUAGUAACUCAUUAGAUGACCAUAGUAACUCAUUAGAUGACCAUAGUAACUCAUUAGAUGACCAUAUGAACUAAUUAGAUGGCCAUUGUAACUAAUUAGAUGACCAUAUUAACUAAUUACAUGACCAUUGUAACUCAUUACAUGACCAUAGUAAGUAAUUACAUGAUCAUAGUAAGUCAUUACAUGUCCAUAAAAACUCAUUACAUGACCAUAGUAACUCAUUACAUGGCCAUAGUAACUCAUUACAUGACCAUAGUAAGUCAUUACAUGACCAUAGUAAGUCAUUACAUUACCAUAGUAACUCUUUAGAUGACCAUAGUAACUCAUUAGAUGACCAUAUUAACUAAUUAGAUGGCCAUUGUAACUAAUUAGAUGACCAUAUUAACUAAUUACAUGACCAUUGUAACUAAUUAGAAGACCAUAGUAACUAAUUAGAUGACCAUAGUAACUAAUUAGAAGACCAUAGUAACUAAUUAGAUGACCAUAGUAACCAAUUAGAUGAUUCCAAGUAUUGAAAGACUUAGUAUAGUUGAGGGUCAUUAGAAAACAUGACUGCACAUCAUUAUGGCAGCUACACUUUCCAUCUUACAUAUCUAAAACAAUGGUUUGGGAAUGUUUGUAAAGUUUAAGGGGUCACACGUGGCCCCCGGGCCUUCAUUUGCCCAGGUCUGAUCCAUAUGCUAAUAUUAUGAAAGAUAUGAUGACAUAAUUGCAGCAGUUGUGUGAGGUGUGAUUAUGAGACAGAUUUCAUUGCUGUUUUAUUUAUGUUAUGAGAAUUUGGCAAUUUGCAGAAUAAAAAAGACAAAUUGUUAAAGACGUGACUUAUCAGGCGGUGAUUUUUUCUUUUUCUUUUUUUCUUCCUGCCAUGUGAAAAAGGUGGGCGUCGUACACAGUUUAUGGAUAUUAAAAGCCUUUUAAAUUGUUUACUGCCACUACAAUAAUCAUGUAUUCAAAUCAUUUUUAUUUUUGUUUGGAGUUGCCACUUGAUUUUUGUUGCAUGGAACAUGAGCAGCUGGUGUGAGAAAUAGAUGAUAAUUGUUGGAAAUAAAAACAUGUAACCAUGUCAGCGCCACCUUAUGUUAGUACUUGUUAUUGUCUGGUGGAGAUGAUAUUUACAUUAUUAUUAAUAGUCAUUAUUUGAAGUGUCAUGAAUUCAUUGUUUGUUUGUUUUUUUUCAUGCUACAUGCAUCAUCAGUUCUUGUUCUAGUUAUUGUUGUUUUGUUUUUUUAAAUCCAGUUUUUUCUUAUUAAUGUCUAAUUCCAAUGAUCUUUAAAUGUGCACAUGGAUAUUAGUAGUAAUUAUUAUCUUUGGGCAGCACACGAUUCCAUUUGAUUCUUGGGGGUAAUGAUUCGAUUCAGAAUCAAUUCUCAAUUCAAAACGAUUCUCUUGUUUUAUAACAUAGGUGUCCAGUUUAUAAUUAACUAGAGCAGUGGUUCUCAAAUGGGGGUACGCGUACCCCUGGGGGUACUUGAAGGUAUGCCAAGGGGUACGUGAGUUUUUUUUUUAAAUAUUCUAAAAAUAGCAACAAGUCAAAAAUCCUAUAUAAAUAUAAAUAAAAACCUAUCUUUUUUUCCAAAUAAUUCAAGAAAGACCACUACAAAUGAGCAAUAUUUUGCACUGUUAUGAAAUUUAAUAAAUCAGAAACUGGUGACAUAGUGCUGUAUUUUAUUUCUUUAUCUCUUUUUUUCAACCAAAAAUGCUUUGCUCUGAUUAGGAGGUACUUGAAUUAAAAACAUUUUCACAGGGGGUACAUCACUGAAAAAAGGUUGGGAACCACUGACCUAGAUAAAGAGCUCUGAUACAUUUCUAUAGAAUAAAAAUAAGAAUAUUUUGUUAAAAAAAUUAUAACCCAAAAUCAGGGGUGUCCGAUAAUGGCAUUUUGCCGAUAUCCGAUAUUCCGAUAUUGUCCAACUCUUUAUUUACCGAUACCGAUAUCAACCGAUACAUGCAGUUGUGGAAUUAACACAUUAUUAUGCCUAAUUUGGACAACCAGGUAUGGUGAAGAUAAGGUACUUUUUUUUAAAAAUUAUAAAAUAAGAUGAAUAAAUUAAAAACAUUUUCUUGAAUAAAAAAGAAAGUAAAACAAUAUAAAAACAGUUACACUAAACUAGUAGUUAAUUAAAAUGAGUAAAAUUAACUGUUAAAGGUUAGUACUAUUAGUGGACCAGCAGCACGCACAAUCAUGUGUGCUUGCGGACUGUAUCACUUGCAAACUAUAUUGAUAUAUAAUGGAGGAACCAGAAUAUUAAUAACAGAAAGAAACAACCCUUUUGUGUGAAUGAGUGUAAAUGGGGGGGGGGGGAUUAGGUUGGUGCACUAAUUGUAAGUGUAUCUUGUGUUUUUUAUGUUGAUUUAAUAAAAAAAACAAAAAACGAUACCGAUAAAAAAAAAUACCCGAUACCGAUCAUUUCCGAUAUUACAUUUUAACGCAUUUAUCAGCCGAUAAUAUCGGCAGGCCGAUAUUAUCAGACAUCUCUACCCAAAAUGUAUUAAGUCAAAUACAAAUAAGGCAACAAUAGAAGUAUUCCACACUAAAGUCAAUCUGUACAGCAGAACUAUUGGAUGUUUCUGAAUGGCUGGACAGGAAAGAUAAAAUAUAUAUAUAUAUUAUUUGUUUAAUAAAUUAAGAAUCAUUACAAAUAAGAAUCGCGAUUAAUUAGAAAAUUAUUUUUUGUUGACAUCACUAGUAUUUAUUGUUUUAAUUUAUAUUUGAAUUAUUUUUCAUUCAUUGUUUUUUGUUGUUUUCAGCUGGUAAACAUUGUAAUUUA